CACACAACCAUGACGACGUCCCUGCUACACAAACCAGUCUUCUCUGGCUCUCUCCACAUCCUGUUUUUGCUCCUUCACAUGUUCUAUUUUUCUUCUUCCUUUGCUGCUUUUGCUGAACACAGUUCCUCCAGGACUGCAAUAUUUGGUACGGCUGUAAGUGCUGCCAAAUCCAGAAUUACUGGAGGUAAUAAUACAGAAGCCGAGGCUCUUCUCAAAUGGAAAGCCAGUCUUGACAACCAAAGCCAAUCUCUCCUUUCUUCUUGGUUCGGCAUCAGCCCAUGCACUAACUGGACUGGAAUCACUUGCGACAGUUCUGGAAGCGUCACCAACUUGAGCCUUCCACACUUUGGCUUGAGAGGUACGCUUUAUGAUCUCAACUUCUCAUCCUUCCCCAAUCUUUUCUCUCUCAAUCUCCAGAGGAAUUCAAUUCAUGGAACCGUUCCAUCAGGCAUUGAUAAUCUACCCAAGAUUGCUGAGCUCAAUUUAUGUGAUAAUAAUCUCACGGGAAGCAUCCCAUCUGAGAUAGGCUUGAUGAGAAGUCUCAACAUCUUGUAUCUGUGUGGAAAUAUUCUUAGUGGCUCCAUCCCAUGUGAAAUUGGAAAGUUGACGUCUCUUUCCCUUCUUUCUUUAUCUGCAAAUAAUCUCACUGGUGUGAUCCCUUUCUCUAUUGGAAACUUGACGAACUUAUCCUUGUUUCACCUCUUUCAAAACCAGCUCUCUGGUCCCAUCCCUUCUUCUAUCGGGAACAUGAGCUUUCUCAUUGAUGUACAACUACAACAAAAUAAUCUCACUGGUUUUAUCCCCUCCUCUGUUGGAAAUUUGAGGAGUUUAUCGAUACUCUAUCUUUGGAGCAAUAAACUCUCUGGUUCCAUCCCUGGAGAAAUUGGGUUGCUAGAAUCACUCAAUGAUCUUGACUUUUCAAGUAAUAAUUUAACCGGUGCAAUUCCUAAUUCAAUAGGAAACUUGACAAACUUAUCAUUUCUCCACCUUUUUCAAAAUCAACUCUCUGGUCCCAUUCCUACCUCUAUUGGGAAUAUGAUUAUGCUCAUUGAUGUAGAACUCGGACAAAAUAAUCUCAUUGGUUCAAUCCCCUCCUCUGUUGGAAAUUUGAGGAACCUAUCAAUAUUCUAUCUUUGGCGUAAUAAACUCUCUGGUUCCAUUCCUCAAGAAAUUGGAUUGCUAGAAUCUCUUUACGAUCUUGACUUUUCAAGUAAUAUUUUAACCGGUAAAAUCCCUAAUUCAAUUGUAAACUUGACAAAUUUAUCUUUUUUCUCCCUUUAUGAAAACCAACUCUCUGGUCCUAUCCCUUCUUCUAUUGGGAACAUGAGCAUGCUCGUUGAUGUAGAACUAGAUAAAAACAAUCUCACUGGUUUGAUCCCCUCCUCUAUUGGAAAUUUAAAAAACCUAUCCAUUCUCUAUCUAGGUGAAAAUAAUUUAUAUGGAUAUGUUCCUUCAGAAAUAGGAAAGCUUAAAUCUCUAGAGAAAUUGAUCUUCGCUGAGAACAAACUUCGCGGCUCAUUGCCCCUAAAGAUGAACAAUCUUACCCAUUUGAAGUUGUUGGAUUUGGCUUACAAUGAAUUCACGGGUCAUUUGCCACAAGAGCUAUGCAAUGGAGUAGUACUUGAAAGAUUUAUUGCUUGUAACAACUAUUUCUCCGGUUCCAUCCCAAAAGGCUUGAAAAACUGUACCAGUUUACACCGCCUAAGACUUGAUUGGAAUCAAUUAACCGGAAAUAUUUCUGAGGAUUUUGGCAUCUAUCCACAUUUGGAUUAUGUUGAUUUGAGUUACAAUAAUUUUUAUGGCGAGCUUUCUCUGAAAUGGGGAGAUUAUAGUAACAUAACAAGCUUUAAAAUCUUAAACAAUAAUGUUUCUGGGGAGAUACCAGCAGAGCUUGGGAAGGCUACUCAAUUACAAUUGAUUGAUCUGACAUCAAAUCACUUAGAAGGAACCAUCCCAAAAGAAUUAGGGGGGUUGAAGCUGUUGUACAGCCUUACUCUUAGCAACAACCAUCUUUCGGGUGCCAUUCCCUCAGACAUCAAGAUGCUUUCUUCUCUCAAAAUCCUUGAUUUAGCAUCUAACAAUCUAAGUGGAUCGAUUCCAAAACAACUUGGGGAGUGCUCAAAUUUAUUGUUGCUGAACCUCAGUAAUAAUAAAUUUACAAAAAGCAUUCCACAGGAGAUAGGCUUUCUGCGUUCUCUUCAAGAUCUUGAUCUUAGUUGCAAUUUCUUCGCUCAAGAGAUACCGUGGCAACUUGGGCAACUGCAAAUGUUGGAAACUCUGAAUGUCUCUCACAACAUGCUUUCUGGAUUGAUUCCGCGCACUUUCAAAGAUCUAUUAAGCUUGACAGUUGUGGAUAUAUCAUACAAUGAGCUACAUGGCCCUAUUCCCGAUAUCAAAGCCUUCCACAACGCUUCAUUUGAGGCAUUAAGGGAUAAUAUGGGUAUAUGUGGCAACGCCAGUGGUCUAAAGCCAUGCAAUCUUCCAAAAAGCAGCAGAACUGUUAAGAGAAAGAGCAACAAACUUGUUAUUUUGAUUGUACUCCCUCUUUUAGGAAGCUUACUCUUAGUGCUUGUUGUGAUUGGAGCUUUAUUCAUUCUCCGCCAAAGAGCUAGGAAGAGAAAAGCUGAGCCAGGGAAUAUUGAACAAGAUCGAAACUUAUUCACGAUAUUGGGCCAUGAUGGGAAGUUGUUGUAUGAGAAUAUCAUUGCAGCAACCGAGGAAUUCAAUUCCAACUACUGCAUUGGCGAAGGAGGAUAUGGAAUUGUUUAUAAAGCAGUGAUGCCAGAAGAACAGGUGGUUGCUGUGAAGAAACUUCACCGGUCACAAACAGACAAGUUGUCCGAUUUUAAAGCUUUUGAAACGGAAGUUUGUGUUUUGGCAAAUAUUCGACAUCGAAAUAUUGUGAAGCUGUAUGGAUUUUGCUCACAUGCAAAGCACUCUUUUUUGGUUUAUGAGUUCAUAGAAAGAGGAAGCUUGAGAAAGAUUAUAACCAGUGAGGAACAAGCAAUUGAGCUGGAUUGGAUGAAAAGGCUAAAUGUUGUGAAAGGGAUGGCUGGAGCUUUAUCAUAUCUUCACCAUUCUUGCUCUCCUCCGAUCAUUCAUCGAGACAUUACCAGCAAUAAUGUCCUUCUGGAUUUGGAAUAUGAGGCACAUGUCUCUGACUUCGGCACAGCUAGAAUGUUGAUGCCUGACUCAUCCAAUUGGACCUCAUUUGCAGGUACUUUUGGAUAUACUGCUCCAGAGCUAGCUUACACGAUGAAAGUGACUGAAAAAUGUGAUGUCUAUAGCUUCGGAGUGGUAACAAUGGAAGUGAUGAUGGGAAGGCACCCAGGCGAUCUCAUCUCCACAAUCUCAUCACAAGCAUCUUCCGCAUCAUCUUCGAAGCCACCGAUUUCUCAACAGACAUUGUUGAAGGAUGUGCUUGACCAACGCAUCUCGCUUCCUAAAAAAGGAGCAGCAGAGGGUGUUGUCCAUAUCAUGAAGAUAGCACUUGCAUGCUUGCAUCCCAAUCCGCAAUCCCGGCCUACAAUGGGAAGAAUUUCUUCGGAGCUUGCAACUAAGUGGCCUUCUCUGCCAAAGGUAUUUGACACAAUAAGUUUGGAAGAUCUGUUCUCACAUACAGUUAGUGUGGACUGACCAGUUUUUUGUGGGGUUUAACUUCUUCUCCUCAACUAUGGAUUGGAGCAAUAAAUUUUGUAAUUUGAUGUAGACUAUGUUCAUGGGUUGGCUUUUUUUCUUUCUAUUUUUUUAAAGUAUGUAAAAAAAUACCUGUUAUGAAAGAUAAGUGAAACAACAAUUAAUUAAGAAAU